AUGUCCGAGAAGCCCGCUACUCAAACCCCCAUGCAGAAGCUGGGUAAAAGCGAUGCUGCCCUCAGCGUCCCCCAGGGUUCCCUCAACAACUCUGCCGGUGAGUCCGCGCCCGGCCCGCGCUCGACUUUCCGCGUCGGUGUCACAGAGGACAAGAACAAGAAGUGCAGACGGACAAUGGAGGACACACACGCAUACCUGUACAACUUCCUGAGUACCCCGGCACCCUCGUAUGGCGCUGACAAGGUGCGCUCCGUAUCCGACGCGAGCUCCACUUUGUCGGAUCCCUCGUCGCAAGCUGUAGUCGAGACGGACAAUGGAUAUUUCGCCAUCUUCGACGGACACGCCGGUACGUUUGCCGCCGAUUGGUGUGGAAAGAAGCUUCAUUUGAUCCUGGAAGAGACAAUCCGAAAGAAUCCCAAUACCCCGAUACCCGAACUCCUUGACCAGACCUUCACUGUAGUCGACCAGCAGCUAGAAAAGCUUCCUCUGAAGAACAGUGGUUGCACCGCCGUCAUUGCAGUAUUGAGGUGGGAAGACCGAGUUCCCAAUUCACAAUCGUCUACAGGCUCUGUUCUCUUUGCUCCUGCGGCAGUAUCAGCUAUCAAACAUGCAGGCGAAGGCGAGGUCAAGGACGGCGCUGAUGCUGCUGCUUCAGCUUCAGCUUCAGAGCCUGUAGCUGAACAACAAGUAGAGGCGAGGUUGCGAAAUGAGGCGAGCCGACAGCGCGUCUUAUACACGGCCAACGUAGGCGACGCCCGCAUUGUCCUCUGUAGGAAUGGCCGUGCACUUCGUCUCUCAUACGACCACAAGGGCAGCGACGAGAAUGAGGGACGCCGUGUCGCUAGUGCUGGUGGCUUGAUUCUCAACAACCGCGUUAAUGGCGUACUUGCUGUAACACGAGCACUGGGUGAUGCGUAUAUGAAGGACUUGGUAACCGGGCACCCGUACACCACUGAGACUGUCAUUCAAGCCGACCAAGACGAGUUUCUCAUCCUCGCUUGCGAUGGUCUCUGGGAUGUCUGCUCCGACCAGGAAGCCGUAGACCUCGUCCGUCAAGUCCACGACCCCCAGGAAGCUUCGAAAAAGCUCGUCGAUUACGCCCUCGCGCGCUUCUCAACGGACAACUUAUCUUGCAUGGUGGUUCGCUUCGACAACAAGGCACUCCGACAGCGGAAGAAUGACGCCAUGAUGGGCGUGGACGGUGACCAAGCUACUAUGAAAGGCGGAAUUACCGAGGCAGACGCGAUUGUGGCACAGGCAAGGAAGACAAUUGGAGAGCCAGAGAUAUCGGUUGAGAAAGCAGCAAAGGAGAUCAUCAUGGAGGAGGCUGAAGCUGAGCCCGGUCCCGAACUGAGCAUGGAUGCUGCGAAGGCGGCCAGAAAACAUGACGUGUAAUUGGCGAGGGCCCAGAUCUGGAGCAUGGAUACACAGCUUUAACAAGCCAGCGUGGGUAAGGUUAGGGGGGAACAAGAAGGGCGUAUAGUAUUUAUGCAAAGGCUGGCGGCAAAGUAUGGUUUCUAGCGUACAUGGGCUCUCCCUAGGUACCUCUCUUCCGUACACAUUUUCUUAGGUUAGCCGUAUCUCAGGUCUGAGCGUAUGUAUUCUAUAUCAAAGCACAGUAGAAAUGCAACUACAACAUUGGAAAC